AUGUCUGUUGCUUCUUCUCGUCUUGAAACUGUCAAAGAUCACUUAAAGCCUACAAUGUCAGCACACAAGAGCCCUAUCACUUGCCACGUUCUCAUCGCUUCUUUGGGUACUCCUGGCCAAAAUAUCGAUGUAAAGAUCGAAAAGUUGGAUCAAUCUGGUGCCUUUGCUACUCUCUCUACUUCUCAAACCAACAGUGAUGGUCGUUGCCCUACCUUGUUGCCUGAAGGCUAUAAGGCCGAGAAAGGUAUCUACCGUGUUACCUUUGAAACCAAGGCUUUCUUUUCCAAGAUUGGUCAAGAAUGUUUCUACCCCUAUGUCCAAAUUGUCUUUGAGUUGGCCAACCCUGAACAACACUAUCAUAUUCCCUUGCUGAUCAGUCCUUAUUCUUACACUACCUAUCGUGGUAGUUAA